AUUGUAUUAUACGUCAAUGAUCAUAUCCUAAGCGAAGCCUAACCAAACUGAAACAAUUUUAUUAUUUUAUUGUUUUGCCUUCCACUAGUCCACAACUACCUUUUUGACUGUAUGAUUCCAGGUAAUUAAUCACCAGGUCUGUCUGAUUUUUGAUCGGCCAUGGCUCUGGCGAGGUUUUUACUUCCGAGACUUGCCAAGUGCCGUCCUCCAGUCCCCAUCAACAAUGUUUUACCAAGAAGAAAUUUCUCAACAACGAACAAGCUCAAGUUUGGCGACGAAGUUUGGAUGUAUCGUAAUCAAUAUGAUCCUAAAGUACAAGAGAGAAGUCAAGUUUUUUUAGCUAACUUUGGGGGAGGUCUCUUUUGGUGGUGGAUGUUUUAUCAUAUGUGGUAUGAAUUUGAAGAAAUUUUUCCUGGUGAGUGGGUCUACAUAGAACCGUCUACUUGGAGUGAUGAAGAACUAGGAAUCCCUCCUGAUGACUACGAGGAAUAAGUCAUCCAUCACUAUUUAAAAUAUGAACAGGUUUUCUAGUGUUACACUCUGGGAAAUUGCCCAACUAAAUUUGAGUCCUUAGUUUUGAAAAUGAAAAUAAUUUUAGUUAACAUCUUGAAGAUCAAUCUGUCGUGUAGAUAUUUUCAUUUAUUAUCAAUCCUGAGUAUAUGGUUUAAAUUGUUCAUUUAAAUUUUUUUUUCUUUCUUUUUAGAAGUUCAUAAUGUUUCGACAGGACUUUUAUUAAUAAAUUAAAUGUUACGUUUUGUUAUUUAAA